AGGCGCGACGCGGUGGUGAUGGUGCGCAGGCGCAGUUGGAGCGCGCGUGCUUCCAUGGGCUUUAAAAAGAGCGCGUGUCCCGCAGGCGACGCGCAUGCGUACUGGGGCUUUCUGAAAGCAGGGAGGAUUGUUGAGAUCUUGCAGGUGUCAACCAAUAGCAUCAGGAGAUUGGCCAUGGAAAGCCCUUGGAAUUUCAUCCCAAGAGAGAUCCUCUCCUACAUUUUCUCCUUCCUGCCCGUCAGAAACAGGAUCCUCAGCUCCUAUGUCUGCCAGGACUGGGCCGACGCGGUUUCUGCCUCUUCCGUCUGGAGUUUCACAGAAAUCCGUUUUGAGGAGGACUCGCUGGAGAUGAGCCAAGACAUGCUGGUGAGGAUUCUCCCAUAUGUGAAGCACAUCCGGUCCUUGAAGAUCAUGUUCGAUCAGAGCCGAGAGGAAAACCGGAAGAGCACCUGUGACCUCUUUGACAUGUUGACUAAGCAGAAGUGCUGGCUGCGGGCUCUGUGGGUCAUCUGCACGGGGAUCAGCCCCUUCUGCUACUCGGGUCAGGACAUCUUGCAGAGCAUCCGCAGGUUCUGCCAGGAACUGGGAACGGCCAAGAUUCAGUCACUCGACGUGAGGCAAAUGCCUUUCGCCCUAGACAACAUGAUGGUGGGACUGAUCGCGAUAAGCAGCCCGAAUUUGCGUGCCCUCCUAAUCAACAACCGCGCCCUGGGGUUCAUCAUGGUGAGACCGGAGACCAUUUCAGACAUUCUGGGCAUUUGCCCCCAUCUCUCUAUUUUGGGGGUCCCGUAUGUCAGCCUGUCCGUGAACGUCUUUCAGGUCAUGCUGAAUCCGAGCAGGCAGCCCUUCCAGCACUUGCAGAUUUACUACAACGGCUUGUUUCCCCGCAUCCCCGACGAGAUGUGGAGGGCAAUGCUGCGGCGGAACCCGCGUUUCCGCGUGGGGCUGGAAUUCACGGGCGAGGUUCACCCCACGAUGCUGGCCCAGAUCCUCAACCCCGUCAUCCCCGUGGUCGCUCUGCGCUUCAACGACUUCUCCUGCCUGGUGGAGCAAUUGACGCUCGCGGCUCGUAAUUACAGCAGGACGUUGUUUGUGCUGGAGCUCUCCACGGCCGCCUCGGACAACCUCAACGCGGCGCUCAUUGAACUGGCCAAGCGGUGCGCGAAUCUCCGAGAGGUCUACUGUUACUGCCCGGUCUCCUCGGAGGUGAAGAUAGCGUUCCUCUCGCAUUGCCCAAAACUCAGGAGAUACCUCUUGUCAACAGCGAGACAGUUGUGCAACACUCCAACAGCAUGCCAGUGAUUUGGUCAGCAUGCGGAUGUGCCCACAUGCCUCCAAUACAAAGCAAAAUGGCCUUUGGAGUAGGAAAUGGACAAAAAUAUAUGGCUAAACUGACUGCUAGAAUGAGCUGCAUCUUUGGAACGAUGGGACAAACACUUCUUCAAACGUUCAUUGGGGUCACGAAAACAGGAAAGGGAAUGGGAACUCCAUCUAGACAAUGUUGGACUACAACUCCCAGCAGUUUGUCACUAUGGGCUGCUGGAACUAUCUUUUCUUCAAACCACUGGUACCACGAUUGCCAGAGUAUGUUGCGUCUUUGGAACAAUGAGACAAACACUUCUUCGGGACGUUCAUCGGGAUCAUCGAAGGCUUUCACGGCCUGAAUCACUUUAGUGCUGUGGUUUCCAAGCUGUAGCAGCAUUUUCUCCUGACGUUUCACCUGCAUCUGUAACUGGCAUCUUCUGAGGAUCCUCUGCAAAUGCUAGCCACAAAUGCAGGCAAAACAUCAGGAGAAAAUGCUGCCAGAACAUAUCCAUGGAAACCACAUAGCACUGUGUUCGUCAGGAUCACUAAAACAGGAGAGGAAAUUGGGAGGCCAUUCCAGAGGAUGUUGGACUACAACUCCCAGCAUUCUUCACCAUAAGGGUGCUGGAACUUGUAGUCCACCACCACGGGGAGGGCUUCCCGAUUCCCAUCUUUGCUUUAAACCACUGGUGCAACAUGGAGGUGGGAGCACAAAGGAAUUGCUGUGGAUGAUGCAGGUUCUAUUUUAAAGUGUUUUUUAAUACAGGAGAAGAUUUUAAUGUUUUCCGACUCUUUUUAUAGUUGUAGCCAUUCAAGCAUUAUUGGCAAUAUUCACAAUAAAGGCUCGCUUUUAAUAAAUAUGGAUCAUUUUA